AUGCCGCCCUAUGCCUCAGGCCUGCAGUCGGCCUUUGUCUCGCUCCCUUUCAUCGCCUUCAAAACCGUCUUCCUUAUGCUUAACAAGCUCGACCGGGCGAUAAACAGUAACAAAGGGCAAAAAAGGAGUAUGCAGAUAUCAUGUGGUCGGGCCGACAGGACUUGGGCUCCACCGACAUCACCUCGUUCAGCCCCAGCCGUUGAAUGGCCAUUCCACCGCGGCAAUUCAGGAGCUUUUUUGCCGACCCCCUUACAUCGUGAAAGCUUAGACGAGUCAACAAAGGCCAACUGUAAAGAAGCUUUUCGCAAAAGCAAAAUUCCCACCAUCUUCUCCAUCGCCAACGUAAAGCAUCCAGUUGUUCACUUCGCCUUCUACCGCGCCUGGAUCCGUUUAAAGCGAAACCACAGCGUUCGUCUUCCUCAGCUCUGCAGAUUUUCGCCACCAGUUGUCGAAGAAAUGACUAACGUGGUGGAAUUGAAGGUGGGUUGGCACUGCGAAGAGUGCAUCAAGAAAAUCCUCAAAGCAAUUAAGAAGAUGGAAGAUGUCGAUACUUAUGACGUGGACGUGGAGCUGAACAAGGUGACCGUGACCGGAAACGUGGCGUCAGAGGCGGUGAUCAGAGCGCUUCGAAAGAUCGGAAAGCAAGCCAGUAGCUGGGGAUCGGGGUGAUCAAGCUACUUAAAACCACCGGAGCAUGUUCGCACUGAAGGAUUAGUUGAAGGGGACAAUCUUCAGACUCGAGGUAAAACAAGAUGGGAUUAAACAAGCUCGUGGUCGUGAAUUGUUGAAAUUCGAAGUUGUAUGCUAUCUUUUCGCCGGGGAUAUUCAGAUCAUCGUGUGAAGUACAAUGUACACAAGCGGUUUCCUUGUCGCCCCGAUGAUCAUAAUUUUCCAAUCUUUUUUUUUCC